AUGGGUGUCUCUAGUAGAACAAAUACACCCAGCACUGUAGUUUUUGAUGAAUGUAAUUGUUCGGCUUGUUGUUGGGGGACACCUCUCCCUCCUUUAAUUUUACAAGAAAAUAAUUGUGGGGGGAAUCUUUUGAUCGGUAAUAAUAUUUUGAAUGGCAAUGGCGCGCAUGGUGUUAACGAUAAUGGCAUAAAUACACAUUCACCUUCAUUUUCUAGUUUAUUAUUGCUUAACUUUCAAAUGUUAAUGGAACCGGGAAUUAUUUUGGACAAAUACAUACAACUAAUGCAGGAAAUGUUGGUAGUAUUUAUGGAAACAAUACUGGAAUACAUUCUGGAUAUUAUCCGCUAUCUGUAAUUUAUAUUUAC